GCGCUAACCCGCUGAGGCUUGGCUCCGACAACGAAAAAAGUUCCGUCCGGCAAGGAACAACCACCUCUCUCUCUCUCCGACGACCGUAGAGAACUACCCUCGCCUUCUUCCUCUUACACCCUUUUUCACCCAAUUAUCUCCCGCCAAAAUGGCCCAUUGCGAGCGGGCUGCAAAGCCUUUGCUCCAAUGCCUUCAGAAGACUUACACUAGAGGCCUUCCGACUCUUCAGGUGCAGUCAACACGGGCCUUCCAAACCACCGCUGUUGCUUGCGAGGAAGCCCAGACGGAAACCAAAAGCCAACCUUUCCACAAAGCACCCGACCCCGCGCUCGUAUCGAGUCCCCGGUUGGAACGAAGAUUACUACGACAGGGUAUUUCGCCGAUUGGAUCUCGCAGACGUCGCGCGGCACUGCAAAGCUCGCCAAAUAUCCCCUUCGAGCAACUGCCCUAUCAAUGUUUCCAGGAGGCACGGAAGGUCCUCCUUGCGGACCGCGAGGAGAAAUUGAAGAACAUCGUGUCUAUGAGGGAGAAGAUCACCAAGCUUCAGGCCAUCCCUACGGAAGAAGCGGGAGGCGAGCAAGUGAAGAAGUCGCGACUGGUAGCCAUGGAACUCCAUCUGGAACACAUGAAGGUCCUUGCAGACAUUAAUGACCCAUUGGUGAAGAAGAAGUUUGAAGACGGGGAGGGCGAUAUGAGCAAGCCCGUCUACCGUUAUCUGGCCGACAAGAAAUGGAGGGAGUAUCGCCGCAAAAUCCUUGUCCAGAGAAUCACACAGAUGAAGGUUAUCCCUGAUGUCCUUCCUCACUGCGACCCCGUGGUCGACACCAAGCUUUAUUUCGGUCGGUCGCAAGUUCAGCCCGGAGAGUUCGUCAACUCCCGGGUCAGCACAACAGCACCAAAGCUUGACGUACAGCUCUUCGAGGGCGGUGAAAAACUCGUGACAAUCGCUGUGGUAGAUUCCGAUAUUCCCAAUGUCGAAAAGGAUGGAUUUGACUACAGAAUGCAUUAUAUGGCCGUCAAUGUGCCCGUUUCGGCCGUCUCCACCAAGGUCGACCUGGCCAAGCUUUCCUCCGAGUCGCAGGUCGUCCUGCCAUGGUUGCCCCCUGUUGCCCAGAAGGGUAGCCCUUACCACCGUCUGUCGGUUUUCGUCAUGGAGCAGAAGGAUUCCAAGCCGCUCGACUUCGCUGCAGUUAAAGCCAAAGAGACGAACCGCGACAAAAUGCUCCUUCGAACCUUGCAGGCUAGGUAUCACCUGAAGCCCAUUGGAGCCCAUCUCUUCCGUACCGAGUGGGACUCGACGAUGGCGGAAGUCAUGAGGGAGAGCGGGUUCUCCGAGGUGGACAUGGAACUCCGCCGCAAAAGGAGCGAGGCUCUUCCUUACAAGAGGAGGAACCCAUCUACUUUCCGGUAAACGCUUUCUUGUUAUAUCUUCGUUUCCGGUUAUUCUAUCCUUGGCCUUAUAUCUGUAUUGUACAAUCGAACUGUAUGAAUAUGCACAAACAUCCAACAACUCCAGACUCCGCUGUAAACCAUGCUUGUAGAGGAUACACUUAUUCGUGAUACACUUAUUCGUGAUACACUUAUUCGUGAUACACUUAUUCGU